AGUUGGCGGGAAAGUGGCGGCGGGGGCGCGGCAUGGCGGCUGCGGCGUCCGAGUCGCUGCCCUCAGGUGGCCCCGGGGCCGUGCGGCUGCCGCGGUCGCCGCCACUCAAGGUGCUAGCGGGGCAGCUGCGGCGCCACGCGGAGGGCGGCCCGGGCGCCUGGCGGCUGUCGCGGGCGGCGGUGGGCCGCGCGCCGCUGGAGCUGGCGGCCGUGUGGAUGCAGGGCACCGUGCUGGCGGCGGAGGGCGGCCAGGCGCGGCUGCGCGACCCGAGCGGGGCCUUCUCGGUGCGCGGCCUGGAGCGCGUGCCACGCGGCCGGCCCUGCCUGCUGCCAGGAAAGUACGUGAUGGUGAUGGGGGUGGUUCAGGCCUGUAGCCCUGAGCCCUGCCUACAGGCCGUGAAGAUGACGGAUCUUUCUGACAACCCCAUCCACGAGAGGAUGUGGGAACUGGAGGUGGAAGACUUUCACAGGAACAUCCCCUAGAGCUGGGACCCUCUAAGAUCAGCCUUCCCACCGAAGGAAUUCACCCCGGGUGGGUCUCAGGGACAUCACCAAAGUUUCCUGAAGAGAUUUGCCUUGGAUGAGCCAGACGUCUGGACCCUCGGAGCUGGAGCUUCAGUCGACUCAGGAACUCCUCUGCUCAGUGCUUUGCCUACUGAUGAGAAGCAGAUGCUCUGUCUGGUCGUUCCCCGCCC